AUGAGCAACGGACUUGAAGAGAAGUCGCAUCAAUGCCCUCCCGGACGAUCUGCGUUUACAUUAGAGGAAUUAUUUGCUGACCGUUACUCCAAAGACAACGAAUCAUUUGCUAAGAUUUGUGAAGGCUUUGAACCUGUAAUUUGUUUACACCCUUUUCAUUCGCGUCCUAAACGGAAUUUUGACAACAACAGUGGACAGCACCAGUACUGGAGAGGGCGCGGUGGUUGGAAUCGUGGACGCGGAGAUGGGAGAGAAGGAGGAGGACGAGGAAAUUGGAGGGAUAGAGGACGAGAAGCUAGAAGUUGGCAAAGUAAUGAUCCAAGAGGACAACGUAGACCUUGGAACGACGGAUAUAGUCGGCGUUCAGAUGAUGGAGAAAGGAGAUUUUGUCCUAGGUGA